GUUCAUAUUAGUUCAGGCCGUGGCCGAUUAGUGUCAGCAGUUACCCUGUGUAAUAUUUGUUACCGUCAUCAUUACUUCUUGUUUACCCAAAAAUUAUCAUAGUUAUCAUCGUCGAACGAAAAUGAUGUAUACAUUCGUCGGGGUCCUAUCAGUGGCUCUACUGUGCGCCCUGGUCUGUGGACAAAAAGAUUCCGAUGACGAGAAGAUGGACGUGUUCCGGUUGCCAGAAACUUCGACUCCCUUGUCGUACAAUUUGUGGUUCGCUCCAAACAUGAGUGACUGGACGUUUGAGGGCCGUGCCAAAAUAAUAGUUACUAUGACAGGCUCAACAACUGACACUAUAACGCUCAACUUGAAAAAUAUAACGGUGAAUAGCGUGUCGGUUACAGACGUCACGAAUUCUGAGUCRACCAGGGAAGUGCCAUAUAGCAGUAUAAACAAUGUGCCCAAAAAUGAACAAUUUGAAAUCCAUUUUAACAAACCCUUGACUAAAAAAAGAAACUUUCAAUUGGACAUUCAUUAUACGGGGAAAAUCAGGGACGAUAUGACUGGUCUGUACAAGAGUUCGUACGUUGAGGACGAAGUGACAAAGUGGUUGAUCGUGACGCAAUUCGAAGCGAGUUCCGCGAGGACGGCAUUCCCGUGCUACGACGAACCUCAGUAUAAGUCCAAGUUCAACAUAUCAGUGGUGAAGAAAAAUGGUCAGACAGCAUUAUCCAAUAUGCCAAUUCUAAGAACUGAAGAAGGUUCAGAAUAUACCACGGUUUACUUCAGUGAAACCCCACCGAUGUCCACUUACUUGGUAGCUAUUUAUGUUGGUGAAUUCUUACCAAACAAAAAUAAUUCAAAAAUAACAAUUUACACACACAAAGAAGUACUGGAUCAAACUGAAUAUGUAGCAACCGAAGCACCAAAACACCUCAAAGUACUGGAGGACUACACGGCCAUCAACUACAUGCUUCCCAAAAUGGAUCUAUUGGCGAUACCCGAUUUCCGUGCCGGAGCAAUGGAAAACUGGGGAAUAAACACUUACAGGGAGUCCUAUCUGCUAUUGUCAAGUGAUUCAAAAACGAAAACGAAAAUCCGGUCAUCAGAAGUUGUGCAACAUGAGUUCACGCAUCAGUGGUUCGGCAACCUGGUAACCUGCAUAUGGUGGGAUUACACAUGGCUAAAUGAGGGUUUCGCUCGGUACUUCCAAUAUUUCGCCACUGGCAUGGUAAGGACCAAUUGGGCGAUGGAAGAACUUUUUGUGGUCGAAGCUUAUCAGAGUUCAUUGGCAUACGAUCAGACUCCCAGACAUCCAAUAACCUCGUCUGUGAACACACCAGAAGAGAUUGAUAACAUAUUUGAUAUCAUAACGUAUAGCAAGGCGGCGUCGGUUCUGAGAAUGUUGAAAUACAUGGUUACCGAAGAUCUGUUCAAAAAAUCUCUUCAAUCAUAUUUGCAAGAAUUCAGUUAUAAUGUAGCAGAACCUUCAGAUCUGUAUUCAUCAUUUGACAAUAUGUUAAUUGACAACAACUAUGAUUUUGGGAAUGAUUUGACGGUAAACGAGUUCAUGUCAAAUUGGACGUUACAAUCGGGAUAUCCGGUUCUGAAUAUUACGAGAAAUGCAACUACAAAUACAUUUUUAGUGAUUCAAAGCCGAUUUUAUGUGAAUAAGACCGAAGCAAUCACCAGUGAAAUGGCGGCAUGGCACAUUGGUCUCACGUACACCACCGAUGUGAGCAAAAAUUUUAAUUAUGAUAACAAAUCGGUCGUUUGGACGGAYAAAAAAUCGCUGUCGACUGUUUUUCCAGCCCCCAAAAAUAUAAAUUGGUAUAUUUUCAAUCCACAAUCAACCGGCUUUUACAGAGUGAACUACGAAGUCGACAACUGGAUGGCGUUGAUCAAGCAGUUGAAGGACACGCCUACCGAUAUCCAUGUGCUCAACCGAGCCCAGCUGAUAGACGACGCGUUCAAUUUGGCGAGGUCAGGCCAAUUGAACUAUUCAGUGCCAUUGCACUUGUCCAAAUAUCUGAAGAAUGAAAACAACACUACGCCGUGGUAUUCGGCAAUGAACGGCUUUUCGUAUUUGUUAGAACGCAUGCCCCGUAGCGAAAAAGGAUAUGAAGACUUCAAGUCUCACGUCAGCAGUUUGGCCGGGACCAUAUACAAAARGCUCGAAGAACUCGUAUCGAACGGCAACACUGAGUUUAAAGUUUUGAGUGCUUGGGAAACGUUUUCGACUUGGGCGUGUAGGUUGGAGAACAAAUACUGUAUGAAGAAAGCACAGGAAUACUUCAAUAAAUGGCAAGCCGGAGAGAAAAUACCUGCUGAUAUCACGGAUGCGGCGUUUUGCAUCGGUGUGAAGAACAGCAAAGGUCCAACGGUUUUCAACAACAUGUUAGCGUUGUAUAACAGCACAAAUUCAAUUUCGGAAAAAUCGUCUGCAGAGUCCGCUUUAGGAUGUUCUACCAACAGGACGCAAUUGUCUGAGUACAUAAAUCAUAUACUGGAUGGACCCAACGGACCAAUCAAAGGAAAAGACAUGAAAUCCGUUGUAUCUGCAAUAUCAAUGACUCCAUUGGGUCUCGAUGUGCUAUACGAAUUUAUGUCAAUCAACAUAAACAAAACUAUAGACCAGCUACCUAAUGGUGAAGAUAUCAUUACGUUUAUAUAUUCAACCCUUGCUUCCAAGAUGACAAACGAUGAUGAUAUCGAAAAAAUAAAAAAUUUUAAGAACAAUUCCACUCUUCGAGAAUCUGUACGACCUUCUUUUGAAAACUCAUACAAAGUGGUCGAAUACAAUUUGGAAUGGUUCAAUAGUUAUUCUUAUGGAAUUGACCAAUGGACUUUGGAAAACGGAGAAAAAGAUUUGGAUAUUACCACAUCAGCGCCCGUGACAGAUACUCCAACUGGUAAAACUGAUACUCCCGCAACGGGUAAAACACCGACCUCUACUCCAGCACCAUCAAGUGCAACUUUGAAUGCGUACAACAGCCUUGUAAUUUUACAACUUACGGUCUUUACAGUAUUGAUAAAAGCGUUAUUUUUGUAAAAUUAAAUAAGAUAACCCUAAUUGAAUUGAAUUAUAUUAAUGU